AUGAUGCAAAAGAACAUCUGCUAUCGGCAACGAAGGAGAAAAGAAGUCAUCUGCGACGAUUGCGUACUCGAGGACUCCUUGUCCCAAGGUGACUGGCACAUCGAGGAGGACCAAACCCCGAUCAUCCCCACUGAUGAAGCUCCACCACGGAUUCUCCCUUCGAAAGUACGAGUCGCCAUCAAGAGCAUGAAACCUUACACAGCCCCCGGACCUGAUUUUAUAUCAGCAGACUUUCUUCGGGCUGAAAGAAAGAAAGGAUCCCAGACCAGUGGAAGACCUCGCGAACCGUUCUUAACUAUUCUUAUGAAAGGUGACCGAGAGGACCUUCGCAACUACUGUCCGAUAUGCUUGCUGAACGUGUUAUACAAACCUGUGUCGAAGGUCAUAGAGGUUUGCCGGGUAUACUGCCUGCCCCUUGUUCUAACCUUCGUCGACUAUGAGAAAGCUUUUGACAGCGUAGAAAUCAAUGCAAUACUGUCAGCGCUGGUCGAUCAAGGUGUGGACGCUUUGUAUGUGAGGACAUUAGCCAAUUGCUAUGAUCGAUGCACGACUAGGAUACAGAUACCCUCUGAAAAGGGGGUACGACAAGGCGAUACUAUAUCGCUGAAGCUGUUCACAGCUGCAUUGCAAUGGAUAAUGAAAUCGCUAUCCUGGGAAGAAAGGGACAUGCGUGUUGAUGGAAGAUUUCUUUCGAACCUUCGUUUCGCGGACGACAUCGUUCUCUUUUCGAGCAGUACCAAUGAAGCAGAAAGGAGGCUCAACGAACUGAACGAAGCAGCGAAGAGAAUAGGACUGCGAAUAAAGAGGAAGAAGACACAGUUCAUGAAGAACGCCUACUGCGAGGACGGAGGAGUACAACUUGAAUGUUCCACAAAUCUUGGAAACUUCGUCAUACGUAUACCUCGGGCGUUCUAUGGACUUGGAAAACGACUUGAAGGAAGAACUAAAUAG